CAAGUGCGCUGCGCCGAGGGCACCGGCUGGGGGCGAGCAGAUCUCGAGCAGCCGCCGGCGCCGCAGCCGUUGCUACCGCCGCAGCGCAGUGGGGUUCAGAGGCCCAGAAGGUGGUGACCCAGGAUGUCGUCCACCGCGGCUUUUUGCCUUCUCUCCACCCUGGGAGGGUAUUUGGUCACGUCGUUCUUGUUGCUUAAAUACCCAACGUUGUUGCACCAGAAAAAGAAGCAGCGAUUCCUCAGUAGGCACAUCUCUCACCGCGGAGGUGCCGGAGAAAACCUGGAGAACACCAUGGCUGCCUUCCAACAUGCAGUUACCAUUGGAACUGAUAUGUUAGAACUGGAUUGCCAUAUCACAAAAGAUGAACAAGUCGUGGUAUCACAUGACGCAAAUCUGAAGAGGUCAACUGGGAUCAAUGUAAAUGUCUCCGAUCUCAAAUAUUGUGAGCUCCCACCUUACCUUUGCAAACUGGAUGUCCCAUUUCAGAGAGGUAAUAUUUCUUUUUUUAUGAACUCAGAUAUCCCUAUACUCUUCAGCCUACAGCGUGUUCUGCUCAUCCUUGGUCUUUUCUUCACCGGCCUCUUGCCCUUUGUGCCCAUUCGAGAACAGUUCUUUGAAAUUCCAAUGCCUUCUAUCAUACUGAAGCUAAAAGAACCACAUACUAUGUCCAAAGGUCAUAAGUUCCUCAUCUGGCUUUCUGAUACCCUAUUGAUGCGGAAAGCUUUAUUUGACCACCUCACUGCCCGGGGCAUUCAAGUAUACGUUUGGGUUUUAAAUGAAGAACACGAGUACAAAAGAGCUUUUGAUCUGGGAGCCACCGGAGUGAUGACAGACUACCCAACAAAGCUUAAGGAUUUCCUAAAUAAUUUUCCCGCGUAAGAAAGGGUCUCAGAAUUACUCAAAGGAGACAUGACGUGAAAAGAUCCGAGGAAAGGUGUGGCACCAUUGUUUCCCUGAGAUUUGCAGAAUGGUAAAAAGGUUUAAUCAGUUAAGUUCUUAUUACCUCAUUUUAAAGCCUGUAUGGGAAUGUAGAAACUUCUCUAUACUGUAUAUUUAUUUUUCAACAAUAUUGCAUAUUUUACAUUGAUAACUUGUUUUGAAAGAUAACUGGCUAUGAGAUGUAAGUAGAUCAUUGAUCAAGAUGGCUAUAUGUGAUGCAGUAGUCUUCUAUUGUAAAUCUGAAAUCACAGACUAGAGGCCGAAUCAGGCAUUAGCCUUCACCGAGAACAAGAUCAGCUAUAGGAAAAGAAGAUUAUUGAGCUGGGCAUGGUGAUGUGAGCCUAUAAUCCCAGCACUUGGGAGCCUGAGGCAAGAGGGUCAUGAGUUUCAGGCCAGCCUGGGCUACAUGGUGAGCUCCCCUGUCUUUAAAUUUUUGUAAUUAAAAAAGGAAGAAAAUUAUUGAAGGCCAUUGCAGCCUUUUUGAAUUGUCUGGUUAUGUCUAGGUGCAUUUUAGUGAAAGGGAAAAUAGAGUGGAAGAAGUAGAUGUUUAAUAGUUAGCCGGCAAGGUGUGUGCUGGUGAUAGAAGGUCAAUCCAAGUAAAGUUUGUUACUUACCCAGAAAUCAAAUCUGUGGGCUGAAACAGACUUCUUGGUUGUGGCUGUUAAUGGGGACAUUCUGUAUGGAGUCUUUUUUCAGGUGUGUGACAAGGCCACCGUGUCUAUUUUUUUAUGUCUUCAAAAAUAGACUUUUUAAUUGUAAAUUAAAACAAGAACCAACUAGUCAUGUUUUUAUGUUUCCUCUAAAGAAAUACGUGAUUCUUAUCUUUUGGGCUUGACUUGACUCUUUAAACCUCCAUCAGAUUGUAAGUGACAUUGCAGUCCUCGUAACGAUUGAGCUGGUGGGAGCGCAGCACCAUCGCGGGUAUUUUUAGUGUGAGCCACCUGCCCUUGACCUUCAGGAACUCAGUCUACUGAGGACUAGCUACCGACAGACUUACCCAACGUUAGACAUCACUUCCUCUGCUUUCUGAUGUGACUCCAUGUAAAUCUGUUUGUAACCUUUUUGGCUAAAUUUCCAUGAUCUCAGAUUGGGAGAUAAGAAUAAUAUGGACUAAUAAAUGUCUUUUGCCUAAAUGAUGUCUCUCGUGUGGGGUGUGCCACAUACAGCUGUGAAGGGCGGCCUUACGAGAGCUCCCGUCUGUGGCUUUGUUUAAACUGUAAUAAAGUUUUCCAAGAAUAAAA